AUACAAACAAGAUCAUCAGAUGGGCAAAAUAGUUAAAUCCCAAUAAAAGCGUGGAGGUUUAACUCUUAGAAUGACUUUUCUGUGAUACGAACCAGGAAGUGCUGUAGGUUUUGUUACUGGGGGUGUAGUACACGAGUAUGCAUUGAAUAAUGAAAAGGAGCAGUAGGGAACAGAGCUUUAAAACAUUCUGACAGAUUGGUAAUGCUGAAAAUGCAGUCCUGCUACUUUGUUAGGUACUGCCUCUGGACAGGGGGCUGCCUAUAAAUGUUACCCGAACCGUCUCUAAAAACGCACUACCAAAAAUUGCAGUUUGCAAUAGUAUUGAAGACACAGUGAAAUCUGAAUAUUGAUUUGGUCAUUUGGAGUAAGUCUUGAAUAUUGAAUGCUUGCAGGAACUUGGCUUUGUAGUCUUUUGUGGUUAAUACUGUGGUUUCUUCCCCAGAAAGUAAAAAUUGUGAAAAUUGCUACAGUUCAGAAUCUGUACUGAGAGAAAGAAACAGUUCUGUUCUUCUUUCCUUGAAAAUAUACUACAUCAAUUUGAUGUAAUUGAAUGGUCGUUUAUGUAGAGAGCUUGAACUGCAGUAUUUUUAAAGGCUAUUGAACAGUGGAUUCCUGGAAUUGGUGGGGGAAAAAGUCCUGUUGUUGACACUGAUUUUUUUUUUUCUCUCUUCUGUGCAUGUUAAUCAAGUCUAUAAAUAUGAGGAGAUGUUCCUGUACUUAUUUUCUGUUUCACAAGCAUUGAUAAUUUCAGAUGAACCAGUUUCUGCUGCUUUUUCCACGCUAUCAUUUUAUUUGCGUGAGAGACUAACGUUUUUGCUCUGCUAAAUAAAUUGAAAUAGGACAUUUGCUCAAAAUCGAAAUUCAGUGCUCCAGCUGUAGCAUAGGAGAACCCUCAUUUUGAAGAAAUAUGUAGCAGUUCAAUACUGACAUGCUUGACUGUUCUGCCCUUGUCUAUUCUUCUGUAAUUCAGUUCCAAAUGUACAUAUAAGGGUUGGUUUUUUAUUAACAUGUAAUGUCAAAGGAUAAGGAAUGACAGACAACUUGAAGCCUUGGCACAAUCAGCAAUUCCUGAAGAUAUUUUAAGAAACAGAUACAUAAAAGUAAGUAAGAACAGGAAACUGUGAGGUUAUUUAUCUGUUGUGCUAUCCAAUGCCCAGGGACAGUUUAAGAAAUACCUGAUAGGCUCAGUACCUUGAGCUGAUACUGUAAUUGACAGUUGCUGUCAGACAGGAGGAUGAUUUUUCCAUUAAAAAAAAAAAAAAAGCCACCUUCUGUCUUCCCACGUGGUUUGGCUGUGAUAACUUUUAGGGAAGGGCAGAAUUCUAGGGUUCUUUUUUCUGUCCUGCACCUCUAAUAAUUGAGUUAUGAGUUAGGAAGCUUGAUGGAAAAAAAUCAAGUGUUUAAUUACAGAAGGGCAUAUGCUCAUUUGAAGUAGUGCUGUAGCUGCUGAGUUUUCAACCUAGGAAGGGGAGAAAAUGAUGAAUUUGUGAUAGCUGUUUUAGAGGAAGCUGCACAAAGUUGCAGAAUUUGUGAGAUCAUCUGUCAUUUGAGGUAGGACUCCAGUAAUUGGCUUCUUUCCUUAGAAGCUGGUGUUAGUUGAAUUUACCAAUGGUUUGUGCUUGUUUGGUUUUAAAAAGCUAAGUUUUUCCUUACAGAGAAGACUUUCUGUCUUCUGAGGAGCUGGCUUCUUAAACAUGUAUGUUCCUCGGAUGGUGGUUUUUUUCAUUUUCAAAGAAAUAGAAAAGUGGAAAAAAAUGUAUUUUGUCAGAUAGAUUACUGGGAAUCAGAUGGGCACAGUUGACUGAAAUGACGGUAAAUUAUUUUUUUAUUCCAUCUUGGUCUAGUAAAAACUUGACAUUUUUCUUAAGGACAACCUGAAAUAAUUUUUGGGAAAUAGGUCUGGUAGGAAGUCCACCACUUCAAAAUCGUAAGGUUGCAUGGGAGAAGCGGGUGUGACUUCUCCCAGCAAGCAUCCUGAGAGACUUUAAAGGAGGCAAAAAGAAUAACAGUUAAAUGCUGGCUGAGCCCAGGUUUAAGUUUUGCUCCUGAUAAGUGGAAUUGUCCUUCAUGUAUUGCAUCCUGAAUGAAAGUUUCAAAAUCAGUGUGUGAUGGGAUGUGUGGAUUUAGUGAGUGUGCACAAGGAACGGGUACUUGCAGGUUGCUACAGAUAACGUAACUCCUCAUACUACUUGCUUUUUCAGCAUAGAAAAUUAAUUGCCAAGUCUGGAACACAGCUCUUACCCACUUGAAUUUAAAGGAGUCAUCUAGGAAAGAGGGAAUGUGUGUGUGUAUUUAACCACAAGUGUCUUUUAUCCCAUUUAGUAAAAUUUUCAAGACUGGCUUAUUAAAUACAUAACAAUGUCAUGAAGUGUAGAGGUUACCUGAAGUCACUUUGUGAACUACUUCUUUUUAAAAGAGCUAUGCAGCAAUUAGAAAGUUGCCUUACCAUAAUCUUAUAAUUAUGCUUUAAUUGGAUUCUUCUAAGUACAAUUUCAUACCUUGAAUAUGUGCAUGCAUUUUUAUUUUGUAAGAAUUCUGCCAGAUCUGACCCAACCUUUUUUUUCCAUCUCCACAAAACAUUCAGUUUUAUAAUAUGUUACUUCUACUAGUGGAUUGCAAGAGGUGGUAGAUAGGAGGCUUCAAGAGAUACCUGCAGAAGUAACAGAAAGCCAGCUCCUAAGAUGAAAAACUGAACACCACACCCACAGCAUCAAGCUUGUUGCAACUGCUUCUUUGAUCUUAGGAAAUAGAGUAUCUUGUUUGAGUGGACUAGUAGAGCCAAAAUGUUAAUGCAAUUGAAGCUCUUUAUUUCAGAUUGAUGAGUGAAGAAAGGGGAAGCUGCUAGAACGAUGAGGGCAGAACCUUCUCCCUUUUGAAAAGUUUGCAGAGAAGCUGAAACACUGUAGUGUCCCAUUGGGCAGGACGAGUAAGGAAUGAGCCAGCCUUGGGAAAGAGGACCUGCCAUCCUAGCUGGAGACAUCUGAAGAGAGGACAUUUUAGUCUUGUGGCAUGCUUCAGUAGAAAUUACUCAGAAAAAGAUGGCUGGCUGUGGUGAAAUCGAUCAUUCAAUCAACAUGCUUCCCACAAACAGGAAGACAAAUGAGUCCUGUGCUAACACAGCACCUUCCCUGACAGUCCCUGAAUGUGCUAUCUGUCUGCAAACAUGUGUCCAUCCAGUAAGCCUGCCUUGUAAACAUGUUUUCUGUUAUCUGUGUGUGAAGGGAGCUUCUUGGCUUGGGAAACGAUGUGCACUGUGCCGGCAGGAGAUUCCAGAGGAUUUUCUUGACAAGCCAACCUUAUUGUCACCAGAAGAACUCAAAGCAGCAAGCAGAGGCAAUGGAGAAUACGCUUGGUACUAUGAAGGUAGAAAUGGUUGGUGGCAGUAUGAUGAACGUACCAGUAGAGAGCUGGAAGAUGCCUUUUCCAAGGGUAAAAAGAGCACUGAAAUGCUAAUUGCUGGGUUUUUAUAUGUAGCGGAUCUUGAAAAUAUGGUUCAGUACAGGAGAAAUGAGCACGGACGCCGCAGAAAAAUAAAACGGGACAUAAUAGAUAUACCAAAGAAGGGAGUGGCUGGGCUGAGGUUGGACUGUGAUGCUAACACUGCCAACCUGGCAAGGGAGAGCUCUGCUGAUGGUGCAGACAGCACACCCACACCAGGGGCUGCAGCCAUGCAGCCUCUAGCAUCCAUUUCUCCUAGGCCCCUGCCAUCACUAGAUGGUCAGCUGGUGAGUCCUUCAACACCAUCACCAGAUGCAAGCAAUUCUCUCGAGAACUCUUUUGCCCACUUACAAAUAAAUGGAGACAGUAUGGCUGAAAGGAGUCACAGAGGAGAAGGAGAAGAAGACCAAGAAUCUUUAUCUUCUGGUAGGGUGCCAGCCCCUGACACCUCUGUUGAGGAAACAGAGUCAGAUGCUAGCAGCGACAGUGAGGAUGUGUCUGCCCACCUUCAGCAGCGCCUGUCCUCUGUCCAGCAGAGACACUUGAAUGCAAAUGCAAGCCAGUCAGGAGUGGAUAGACCAGUGGCUGGGGGCGGGGUGGUAAACUCAAGUGUGAGAUCUAGAAGGCCAGAUGGACAGUGCACAGUCACUGAAGUUUAAAUCGAGAGCCAUGAAAAUUCCUGUACCUGUAAAUUUUCUGUCCACAUUGGCAUUGCACUCAAACCUAGCAGUGUGUUUGGUGGGAGGGUGGGGGGAAGGGGAGAAACAGCUUUGGCCUGUUUAACUUAAGUCUCCUAACAUGUCUCCGCUGGAGGACUCUAACUGUAGGAAACUGGGUUGUCCUGUUAAUGGUUUGAAAGCUGCUUAGCAAUACCCAGUUUUCUUGAAAACGUCUUGUGUUUAUUUUGUAGCAUUUUCCCCUUGGAGAUACUCUAUCCCCUUUUUGGCCAAUGUGUAUCUACUGUACAACUUGAAUUGUCUUCAUUAUCUGACUGUUGCAUUAAGUGUCUUACUACUUUCUGCAUGGAUUGAUGUAUGAAAAGAAUACUAAAGCAAUGUGGGAAGCAGGCAAGAUGUUGGGUGUGAGGAGGAUGCUUAAUUUAAUGUGAGAAAAUAGAUGUGAGUUUGGAGUUACAAUGUGUUUUUACUAGACAAGAGCUAUCAUUUGCCAUCCUUCAACGGAAAUGUAAAAAUGCUGUUAACUUUUGUUGCAAAUUCUUACCUAUACAUUCUUCAAUGUCAUUUUCACUGGCUUUGCCAUCUAGUCUUUGUAGUUUUGUUUUUGAGGUCUUUCUUGAUCUGUCUCGUUUUUGUUACGGAAUUUAUAAUUUAAUAAAACUACAUUUUAUCAGUAAUAAUCUUA